AUGGACCUAACGCUAUUGUUUGUUGCUUUCCAACUAAAAUUGCAGAACGUAUUCUUUGCUGUUACAGACACAAGUACGGUGACAGUAAUUUGGGCAAUGACAGCAAUGAUGCAAAAACCAACAGUCAUGAAAAAAUUGCAAGCAGAAAUUAGAGAAAUCAUGGGAAAGAAACAAAUGCUAGAUGAAGAUGAUGUUCAAAUGCUUCCCUAUCUCAAGGCAGUUGUUAAGGAGACAUUCAGGUUGUACCCAGCCGUACCACUUCUUGUGCCUAGAGAAACAAUUAGAAAAUGCACCAUUGAUGGUUAUGACAUUCAACCCAAGACCUUAGUUUAUGUAAAUGCUUGGGGCAUUGCAAGAGAUCCUGAGUAUUGGGAAAACCCAGAUGAAUUUUUGCCAGAGAGAUUCUUGAAUAGUACUGUUGAUGUGAGAGGGCAAGAUUUUCAAUUGAUCCCAUUUGGAGCAGGCAGAAGGGGCUGCCCUGGGUACCCUAUGGGACUUGUAACAGUGGAGCUUGUGCUGGCCAAUAUUUUGCACUCAUUUGAUUGGGAAUUGCCUCCUAGGAUGAAGAAGGAAGACAUUGACACAGAUGCUUUGCCUGGUCUUACCAUGAACAAGAAACACCCAAUACACAAUGUACUAAAGAAAAGACUUUUUCUAAUUGAUGCAUGUAGGGCACACGAUGAGCACAUCAAGAAAUGA